AUGAAUUGUCUGAUGGGUAAUUCGACGGUGGAGCCGAAGCUUGAACUGUUCAAGAUUCAAUGGCGAAUGCCGCACGUGGUAUUGAGCGAGAUAAAUAAACUGUCGAUGCUACGGGCCUUGGAGAGUGGACGAUAUCUGAGCAUGCCUUUUCGCUCGUGGGAUCUGUACGAGUACCCGCUUUUACCGAAUACGACGAAGCAUUCCUGGGCUAUGAAAACUGCGACUCAGCUGGAAAAACCACGAUACGUCAUCUUUGCUCUGCAAACGGAUCGAAAGAAGAUGUCCGAGGAUACGAGUCGAUUCGAUGACUGUAACUUGACCAACGUGAAACUAUACCUGAACUCGGAAUGUUGUCCGUACGAUGACUUGAAUCUGGAUUUCACUAGAAACAAAUGGGCGAUUCUGUACGACAUGUACGCGCGUUUCUGCAAGGGUUACUACGGAUACAAGUAUCUCGAACCGAAUCUCACCGUUACGGAUUUUUUACGUAACGGUCCGUUCGUAAUCAUCGAUUGCUCUCGACAGAACGAAUCGGUCAAGAGCGCGACAGUGGACGUGCGAAUGGACUUUGAGUGCAAAGAGAACGUACCCGCGAAUACUACCGCGUACUGUCUCAUCAUACACGAUCGCGUGAUCGAGUAUAACCCGCUGACCAACAUUGUGCGUAAAAUUAUCUAA